GCGCAAGUUUCGUCACAAAAUGUAGCCCUUGUUCCAAAGAACAACAGUGAGCAAAUGCAGUCAGUAGGUUUGUUGCCCUUGACAAGCUGGACGAAGAACCAGGCUGCACCACAGAUUCAUUAUCCGAUCUUAAGUCUAUGUUUUUGCAUUUAGGUGCGGCGCCCAGGUUUGGAUUGGGAACGCAGCAGCGGUGUGAGUGUGAACCUGACAUUUACCAUAACCAGGCAAAAACACACAGACACACAAAAACAGCUUCAGAAGGUCAGUCACCAGGAAAAUGGUGCGGAGCGGAUAGAAGGGUUGAGCCCCCUUCCCCAGCACCACGGUCCCAACUCAAACUGGAAACACCCGCCCCCAUUCCUUUUUGCAAAAUAGAGAAGAGAGAUCUGAACAACACGCAGGCUUUUGGAGAUAUAUAACUGGAUGGAGAAAAAGAUAAAACCGAGGGAUCGAUGAGUGUAAUGCUAAAGGCAGGGCAAGGGAACCGCCUCAGUCUCUCUCCACCGCCUCCUGUGCGAUCAUUCCUCCACCUGCGCCAAGAAAACGAACUCAGCAGCUUCCGUUCCUUGCACUCGCCUCUUCUUAACGCUUCUUCUCCAUCCGCAUGCGCAGUUGCGAUUCUCCUUUGGCCCGGUACCAUGCGGGCUCGACGGGUCUUGCGGAGGUUAGUCCUCCUGGCGGUGCUGCUGCCUCAGUGGUUGCUGCUGGGUCUCGUUUGUCCAGUGCCUCCCAACAUUACUUCUGGAUUUCACAAUGGAAGUGGCACUUAUGAUCAAGGAACAGUGAUUACAUAUAAUUGCUCUCAGAAUUUAUCGCUUAUUGGCAAUCCCUCAAUUUUCUGUAGCAUUGAUAGUAAUGGCACACAGUGGAUUGGGAAUCCUCCCAAAUGCAAAGUGGUGAUGUGUAAAGAUCCAGUAGUUGAACAUGGAGUAAAAUUAAAUGGAUUUGGAACUCAUACAUACCGCAGCAAUGUUACAUUUGAAUGCAAAAUUGGAUACUUCAUGAUUGGAAGUUAUUUUAUUCAGUGUGAUGAGAACAGUACUUGGAAUCCUGAAGAACCAUCUUGUAAAAAGAUUGCUCCAGACAUAUGUGGUGCCCCAUUAAUCCCAACUGGGAGUGUGCAUCCAUUGAAACCUGAAUAUAGCAUUGGAACGGCCGUUCAAGUAUUCUGCAUUCCACAAUAUUCUUUUCCUGAUGAAACCAUAGAGAUGACUACAGUGUGUGAUGGCUACAAUUUGUGGGACCCUCGGGUGCAGCCUUGUUUCUUAAGAACUUCACCUGACACUACAGUUCUCAGUAUCACUCAUGGAAGAGUAACCCAUGGGAAGAAAAGAAGAUAUGAGCCUGGAGAUAAUGUCACUGUUGAGUGUCAAGCUGGCUAUACAUUGAAAGGGCCAUCUAUGAUCAGAUACAUUGGUGGGAAUAAGUGGUCACCUGAAUUGCCUCAUUGUAUUCUGAGAAACUGCCUUCCUUUAAUUAGCUAUGCUUAGGCAGUUUGCCUGGCAAUAGAGCACUGAACGUUGGCAGUAGCACACUGAUUUCUCCUACAAGAACAACAACAUGUGAUACCAUAAGCCAGGAAGGAAGGGCCAAUGUUCAAGGUACCAAGAGGACCUAGUUUUGGCAGUAAGAUAAUUCAGUGCUAGAUAAAUUUCAUUGCUAGCCACUUUUAAGCACAUUUGCAAGGGUCACUGCCAAAGUAGAUAGAGAAAACAUGGAUUUUUCAGAAGCACCAGAAGUAGAUGUUCUGUGUAGAAACAUGCAACCUUCACUGUUUUAACUUUAUAAUCUUGGGAAGGUAUGAUCAGGAGUCUGAGAGGGUGGGAAGAGGGCUGAUUCACCUUUUCCUAGCUGCCAUUUUCCUGCUCCAAAUUGCUCUCUACCACCAACAUAGGGCAAAAGCAGAAGAGGGGAGAUUUGUGCAGCGAAGUGGCUAGUUAGGAAAACAGUUUACUGCGCCUCUGUUCCCGAUCACAGCUUCCCAAGACUAGUUCUAUUAAUAUAUUUUUAAAUUCAAGAAAAUGUUACAGUGAAGCUGUGUGCAAUGUCUAGUUUGGCCUAAGGGAUAGCAUUUGAAGAUACAUUAGGCUACAAUCCCACAAAGACUCACUUGGGAGAAAGCCCCAUUGAAUUAUUGGACUUAAUUCUGAAUUAAUAAAAGCAGUAGAUCGACAGUAAAAGCCCAAUUGAAUAAAGCAUAGACUCUGGUAUUUAACCACCAGUUCCAGCACAAGCCCCAUAUUGUUUUGAUCCAGGUCUUUGAACUGGCCCUGCUUCCUGCACAAAAACAUCAACAACCAUAUGUGCUGCUGCUUAGUUACUAGGCAAUGGAACUGUGUGGUGUUAGGCCUGGGGGUGGGGUGGGGGGACAUGUUAUUACUACUGCUGGUACCUUGCACUCCCAAGUCUGUCUUAUCAUCAGUCCCAUCUCCAGGCAGCUUGUUGAGAAGUGCACAUAGGAGGAAGGCAUUGGGACUGUUGCUUGUCUUCAGACUGGGGUAAGGCUGUAGGGUGCUGUGGCAUCAAAUUGCUUUCUGGUGGCUGUAUGAAGCUAAGCUCUUGUCUAUAGCAUUGGUGUCUGGAGAUGGGGAGCUGAGCAUUUUGGACAGUGAAGGAAUUAUGACUGCAAGAAGUGGCUGAUCUAUCCCGCAGUCUCUUGCACACAUUUAGCACACUUCGUUUCCUUGGGGCCCUGGCCUUGGCUGCUAUAACAGCAUACCUACAGAGCAGCUCACCAGGACUCAUCAUACCAGGACUCGCUGGUAGUGGUGUGCACGGAACUGGUGGAACAUAGGAGACUGCCAUAUACUGAGUCAGACCAUUGGACUAUCUAGCUCAGUAUUGUCUUCACAGACUGGCAGUGGCUUCUCCAAGGUUGCAGGCAGGAAUCUCUCUCAGCCCUAUCUUGGAGAAGCCAGGGAGGGAACUUGAAACCUUCUGCUCUUCCCAGAGCGGAUUCAUCCCCUGAGGUGAAUAUCUCGCUGUGCUCACACAUCAAGUCUCCCAUUCAUAUGCAACCAGGGCAGACCCUGCUUAACUAUGGGGACAAGUCAUGCUU